AUGAACAGCUCGGACUGUUUGGGUUCCUGUCCUGCCUCUGCCGCCCACCAAGAGCAGCUGCCACUUAGUGAGAGCCUAGAAUGUUCCGGAUGUUCGACAGACGAUACUGCAUGUCGUCCUUACCACAGCCCUGAAGGAUGGGGACUGUUAUCUGCCUUUUACAAACAAGGAAACUGAGGCUAUGAUCGUUCAAUCAUAGUUUAAAAGAAAGAAAGAAAACAGAAGCUCAGAAAGAUUAAGUUUUGUCUAGCAGCAUGGUCAGCGAGUGUCAGAUCCUUGACUGGGGGCUACUACUCUCCCAUUUAUGGUGCGGUCACUCUGUGGCCUUAAGCACAGUUAAAAAGACUGGGUUAAAUGAUUCUUAGAGCUCCCCUUGCUCUGAAACUCUUGAUAUAAUUGGAAGAAAAAAAAUAACCUUAGAUGAGCAAGAGCUACACGGGGGCUGGGGGUGGCACAGGUUUGGGCGUUACAGGAGUUUAAGGAGAGAGGGUUGCGGGCAGAGGAGGGGACGUCAGCCCUGCAUCCAGUUGGCAGGGUGGGGGGCCCUGGACAGGCUGAGGCCACCCUGAGUCUGGCGGUCCCAGGGCCAUGAUCGUAAACAAACAGCAGUGGAGACACACACAGUACUUGUCUCAGCUCAGUCCUAGAGAGGGGCAGAGACAGCCGAGCCCAAACACAGGCUAUUUUUGGCAUUGUGUUGUUUGGAGAGCAACCAGGCCAGAAAUAGUGCUGUGAGUUAGCAGGACCUCGGCCUUCUCCCACCCCCAGCUCUCCCAGUGAAAUCACCAAGAAUUGGGAAGCUGGGCCCUACAUUCCAGGGAGGCUGUGUAACUCCCUUCCCCACAGGAAGGUUCCGGAGCUGAGCAUUUGACUGUAAAAGGGAUUCUGGAAGGGAGCCAGCGGCUUGAGGAGAAGCACAGCUGUGUCUGGCUGCAGGACCAAGAGCGCUGUCCAGAAGGAGAGCCACACCCCCUCCACUAGCCGCCAAACCGCAACGAGUCAGCAGCUGGGGCAGCAGCAACAGUAGCGGCAGGACAAACGGCCAAUCACAAGGCACCUUUGGGAACUUCAGGAUGCAGAUGUCUCCAGCCCUCACCUGCCUCACCCUGGGCCUGGCCCUCGUCUUUGGUGAAGGGUCCGCCCUAUACCAACAGGAAUCCCAGGCGGCCCAACUGGCCACAGACUUUGGGGUGAAGGUGUUUCAGCAGGUGGCGCAGGACUCCAAUGAUCGCAAUGUGAUUUUCUCACCCUAUGGGGUGGCCUCAGUGCUGGCCAUGCUGCAGCUGCCAACAGGAGGAAAAACCCGGCAGCAGAUCCAAUCGGCAAUGGGAUUCGAUAUUGAGGAGAAGGGUGUGGCCCCUGCCCUCCGCCAACUGCACAAGGAGCUCCUGGGGCCAUGGAACAAGGAUGAGAUCAGCACCACUGACGCCAUCUUUGUCCAGCGGGACCUGAAGCUCGUCAAGGGCUUCAUGUCCCACUUCUUCAGGCUGUUCCGGACCAUGGUCAAACAGGUGGACUUCUCAGAGGGGGACAGAGCCAGAUUCAUCAUCAAUGACUGGGUGAAGACACACACGAAAGGUAUGAUUAGCAACCUACUUCCAGAAGGGGCCGUGGACCAGCUGACACGCCUGGUGCUGGUGAACGCCCUCUACUUCAAUGGCCACUGGAAGACGCCCUUCCCCACCACGGGCACCCACCAGCGCCUGUUCCACAAGUCCGACGGCAGCACCGUGUCUGUGCCCAUGAUGACUCAGACCAACAAGUUCAACUACACCGAGUUCACCACCCCUGAUGGUCAUUACUACGACAUCCUGGAGCUGCCCUACCACGGGGACACCCUCAGCAUGUUCAUUGCUGCUCCCUAUGAGAAAGAGGUGCCCCUCUCGGCCCUCAUCAACAUCCUGGACGCCCAGCUCAUCAGCCACUGGAAAGGCAACAUGACCAGACUGCCCCGCCUCCUGGUUCUGCCCAAGUUCUCCCUGGAGAGUGAAGUUGACCUCAGGAAGCCCCUGGAGAACUUGGGGAUGACCGACAUGUUCAGCCCGGGCCAGGCAGACUUCACGAAUCUUUCAGAGCAAGAGCCUCUGCACGUCUCGCAGGCAUUGCAGAAAGUGAAGAUUGAGGUGAACGAGAGUGGCACGGUGGCAUCCUCUUCCACAGCCGUUGUAGUCUCAGGCCGGAUGGCCCCCCUGGAGAUCAUCAUGGACAGACCCUUCCUCUUUGUGGUUCGGCACAACCCCACAGGAGCAGUCCUUUUCAUGGGCCAAGUGAUGGAACCCUGACCAUGGGAAAAGAAGCCUUCCUCUGGGACAAAACUGGAACUGUAUCAGAAAAGAAGAAACUAGGAAGAAAAGAAUUUUAGUUUUACUGACUCUUUCUGGAGAAAGAGAAGACAUUUGCCUAUUUGAAAAAUGGUAAAUCUUUCAAAUCUGUCUCCUAGACCUCAGAGGCCUUUCCCAGGAGUUGGAAAGGGGCCCUUCAGGUCAAACUCCCCAAUUUCUAACGGGGACCCCGGGAGAGGGGUCAAGCGCAAGGCCCUGCACGUCGCCAAACCAGACCGUAACACCCACAGAACCGUCUGCGCAGCUGCUUCCACCCGUCUCCCUGCCCACUCAGGUCUCCAGUCCCGGUUCCUGCUGGGCCCUGGCAGGAAGGAGCCACACGGCUCACAGGAGCCUUUGUGUGCUUGGUAGAAGUGAUCGUGUUCCAGCCACGUCGCCGUCACUCGGGCACUGUCUACCACGGCCGAGGAGGCUGGCGACAGGCCAAAGGCGGCCACUAGAAGAAGCACCCUUUCAUCUCAAGGACCGUUCUGGCACUGACCACCUGUCCCUAGGGCAGAGCUGGCGCAGUGCACGCCCCUCAGCGCUGAGACCUCCGGGCCUGGCCCUUCCCCUCCCUAGAAACAGUGUACAUAUGUUACUUUGGAGUGUAGGUGACUUGUUUACUCAUAGAAGCAGGUUUUUGCUUCCCUUUCUUUUACAGGAUAGAGGAAGAAAGGUCAGAUGUGUGCCUGGCUCCUCGCCCCCAGUCUCGUGGCAGGGAGGGUGGGAUGCCAGGGCUGUGCCUGAAUGUUUAUCACGUCCUUGCCCUUGUUAGAAAGAGGACUAUUUGGGGGGGGGGAGCCAUUAUUUAAACUUACUCAUAGUGUUGUUCCUUUGUGGUCUGUGUCAGUGCAUCUCAGGAGUCUGGCCACUUGACUGUCAUAGCCCUCCAGGCGUCAAGCGUGAUGGGGUCCACACUGCCACCUUGUGGCUGCCUGGCCUUUUUCCACUUGACGGAUCAGGGCCCCUGCCCAGGCGAGCCAACUUCAGCCUGCUUUAGGGACCGAAAGGACGGGGUGGGUGAGAGACACUGGAAUGAGGACACGGUAGCUCCAAACUUUUUGAAUAUAUUUAGGGACAGAAAUGCAAGGGGCUGCACGACCUACCAGGACAGAACUUUCCCCAAUUACAGGGUGACUCACAACUGCAUUGGUGACUCACUUCAAUGUGUCAUUUCCGGCUGCUGUGUGUGAGCAGUGGACACGUGAGGGGGGGGGGUGAAAGAGACAGAAAGCUCAGAUUCAACUACCUUAGAUAAUCUUUUUGAAAAGCUACUAGCUAGAGGGUAUGCCAUGAAGAUUAAUUUAUUGAAGAAUUGCACAUAGAUCCGAAAUGAAUGUACUCUAAUAGAAGCCUAACCCACGAUGCCCUUCACUGAAAAAUCCUCAUAUUUUGUUUUUUAUUUUCUCUUUUGAUUAUGCACUGGACAGCAAUGGCCACACACAGUUACCCACAGAGGGUGGGGUCAAAUGCUCUUGAAAUUGUGUUGAAUUAUAUGCUUUUUCACUUUUGAUAUAUAAACAAGUAAAAAUGAUUCAAAAAAUAAUAAAAUAAAUAAAUACAAAGAAUA